AUGAACAUUGCCUUACCCCAAGACGCGCCCUCCCCUCGCAUUUGUCGGAUUCAGAAGACGCACAGCGACGACGAAUACGGCUUCAACCUGCACGCUGAGAAGAGUAAAGGACAAUAUGUGGGAUCAGUGGAUGGGGACAGUCCGGCCGAUCAUGGUGGACUGAAGAAGAACGACCGGAUCGUGGGUGUAAAUGGGGAGUUGGUCAUCGGAAUCCCACACAAGGAGGUAGGAUAGCUAAAGUUACAGUAGCUUUCUCAAGGGGCGAAAAGAUAUUUUACCGCAGUAACUAUCUAUGUAGUUUACAGUGUAUAAGUCAGUAUAAUCUUAAAGCCAGACGUAUAUUCAGAGCUAAAUAACAUGACUUAGGUUGUCCAAAAGAUCAAGGUCAAUCCCUUGUUCUGUGAACUUUUCGUCCUCUCAGAGCCUGAUUUCUUGUGGUACCAGAACAACCAGAUUUCCAUAACAUACGACCUUCCCAACAUCGUACGACCGGUUUCUGUAAGUUUUACAAAUUUCUACAGUAAGUUAAUUGACUUCUGAUUACUGUACUAUACCGUAAGUUUGCUGUGAACCCCUUUCCCUGUCCUAUGUGCUUUCCUAGAGUCUUUGCCCAUCCAGUUCGAGCAGUUCAGUACAUCCACGCUCAUCAUUCAGCUCCCGAGGAACUUCUUUCAAUUCUGACAUCUACGUUUCUAGAAUCAGAAUCCAGUUAAAGGUAGGUGUUAGGCAUUCUGGUGACGGAUUCAGUUCGGAUAACAAUGUAAACUGUCAUCAUGGUGACAUUAACUAACAAUAAUAACUAAAUCUUAGAAAUUGUCAGCAUCAGUUAAGUCUUCAGAUGCGCUAUAACUCUUGAGUAUCAUACUAUAACGAGUAGUAUAAGUUAAAAUUAGAACCAGGCUUUCAAUGUCACCUAAAAAUAUCUAUAAAAUCAAGCUACGACAACAUCUGAAACCAAACAGCCUUCUGAAGCUAAUCACAACCUGUUAGAACCAGAAUGAACCUCCAGAAGCCAUGUGGGGCAGGUGACUGUUUAUGGUGGUAUGUUUGCACGGUGGGUGAUGGCUUUGUUUGCGCGACUUCUUUGUGAAAACGGCCAUCGAAGAGAGCGAUGCCUUCUUCCGGGAACUUUAUAUUAAGAUCGGCGGCUCUGAUUACGGAGAAACAUUUCUUUCUUCAAGUGACUCAUUAAUUAGCUUCGUAUCUUGUUAUGGCGACCUUUUGUAGAUCUUUUAACCAUUCCUGUGAAGGUUUUGGAUUCUGAGGCCUUUUCUGAAGCCUCACCUUUAAAAUCAUGUUUUAUCAAUUAUCUUAUCACUUAUGUUGAAGAUGCUUUUCAAAAUUUAAAUUUCGAGGGUUCUGACGUCAAAAUCUGUUCGAACUUCAGAGUUUAAGACAAUUGUGUUGUUCCUGGAGAUCGUAACGAGGAGUAACUUCUUGACGUCGCACUCGAAUUUAUGACUAAACCGCUGACUCAACGCUCGGUUAAUUCCGUCUUAGUUCACGUUACAACUAUGCAUAAUAUAAAGCGAUCUCGAGUGAGCCGGCUGGUUGUUUGCUCUCAUGUUAUAUCCAUCUGAGGUCAUUCGAGAGGGUCGUAUUUGUGUGUCAUUUUAGGUAUCUAUUUGAUUUGUUUGUUGUUCUAUGCGAUCCGUUCUCUUGCGACACUCCCAAUUUGACUGCCUCAGGGGUUUUGUUCGUUUUGUGACAGUUCGAGAGGCUUUUGCGACAGUUUUUGACUAAAUUAAGAGAGGUUUGACAGUCCUGUCCCACUGCUCCUUUUGUUUUUAUAAUGGUUUUACUACAGUUCCGUUGACCUUGACGUGAGAGAAUUCAAUUAGAGCAAGUUAGUUAUGAGGGAGAGUCAAGGUCUGGACUCAAAUAUCAAAUAUUACUUUAGAUUCGCGCCUUACAACAACUUUGAAGUCUUCUGACUUCAUAGUUUGAUUCAUUGUAGACCCUUAUACUACGUUAUAUUCUACUCUUAUAAAUAUAACUUUAGGCUGUGUCGAAGAAUUAUUCUAAUACCUUAAACUCCUUCCAAGUACCCAAUAUUACUUUAGAUCUUCCUCAAACAUUGUUUCAGUUCCUCCUUCAAGUACCUUAUAUUACUUUAGACGCGGUCUCACACUGACAAUACGAUCAUACCAUUCCAGAAAAGAUAGUAUUGUCCCAUUGAAAGCAUUGUAGUAACAUUUCGGCCAUUUCUAACCCUUUUACCUUUUGAUUCACGCACUUUUCCCUGAGGCUUUUGAGGAAAAGCCGCUUGCCUUUGUUAAUCCCGGCUUUUCCAUUGAUCUGGUUAUUGUAAUAUUAUUCAGGAAAAGCCAGCAGAAGCUCCAGUUGCACACCGAGCCGGUACCCCGCCCAUGACACCUCGGCCACUACUUUGUCAGCUCGUAAGUACAAUGUUGUAAUUAAUAAAAAUCAUAUUUUGAUAAUUCAAAAUCAAAUUUCCGCAUAAUAAAUCGUUCAAGAUGGCAAAGAAAUUUAAAAAACUUACAAUUUGCAGAAGAAGACUAGUCCAAACCAUGAAUUUGGGUUUAAUUUGCAUGCUGAAAGGAACAAAGGCCACUUCAUUGGAUCUGUCGACAAAGGUGGUAUAGCUGACUUUGCCGGUCUAGAAACUGGCCAGAGAAUUGUUGGAGUUAACGGUCAACUCAUCUAUCCUUCCAGUCCACACAAAGCAAGUUUUUCAACAUUUUUCAAAAAAAAAACAAAGAUCUGUCAAAAUAGACGAAAUGUCACAUUCGACUCGCAAUAAAAAUGGACGAGAUUUCAAUAGUUUCGUUGAUAAAAACAUAAAUUUGUGCAACAAAUUGAAAACAACUCUAUAUUGCAAUUUUACACAAAAAUGCUUUUGUAAUUUUGGCUAACUUAUUGUUUUAGGAAGUAGUGGCAUUAAUAAAACGAGACCCAUUAGAUACCUCUCUUCUGGUCGCUUCUGAAGAUGUAGAUCGAUGGUACACCGAAAAUGGCAUUCCAUAUUCAUUUGAUGUGGCUAAGGUACAUAGAGCAUACAUUACAGCAGAUUUAACGUCACGCACUGCUACAAUAUCAAGUCACAGAGCUAACGGAACUUCCCAGGUAUGUUAACUUGGCUUACUUUAACUAAUUUGUGUUAUUCGUUUUUAAAAGGAAUUUUUAUAGCAUUAUACACAAUAAUAGAGCACUUAGUAUUCUAAAAUUUAAAUUUUUCUGAUUAAUUUUAACCAACCUCUGUAAAUUGAUUUUUUUUUGUGUUUUAGGGUUACCCUAGUGCCUCGUCGUUUUAUACGGUUAGUGUUGUCGUAUAUCAUUACGAUUUGUAUUUUACAUGGAUCAGAUGAUGUAGAAUUCAAUUUAGCAUAUUAUUUUACCCUAUCCUAUCUUUGUGUUCAGCUUAAACCUUUGCCCUUCUUAGUUUAUCCUAUUUCAGCCUCCAGAAGACGCUCAGACGGAUUCUGUUUAUUUGCCUUCUGAAGCCAAGGAAGACGAAUCUCGGGACACGUCUGAGACUUCCGAAGUCCACGAAUCUGACAAUUCCGUGAGCUCUGAAGUCAGAGAUCUUCAGAACGUUGAGAACGCUGCUGUUGGAUCUCCAGACGAUCUUCUGGAGAAGGUAUUCAGCUCGGUACCUCCACCAAGGGAAGAGCAAAAUGUAAUUUCCGUUUUAUUUGCUACUAUCUUUUCUUACUUUACUUGGUUUAUGGUAACACUGUGGUUUCAGAAGCACGUCAUCAACAACUACAACAACACGGCUCCAUUGGCCCCAAUCUCGGUCAGGAAUUCAUUGACGGAUUCGAGUCCGCUGAGUUCUCCGGAGAAAGGUACUGUUUAGUAUUACUUGACUGAUGUUUUAUGAUAAAUACUGGUCGAAAAGUAAAUUGAAAAGUUGAGAAAGAAUAUUUUUUGUAAAUGACAAAAACAAUUUUUUGCUUUUUGACACAUAAAUAGUAAUUCAAGUAGUAAUAGCAUUCACUUCUAACAACAUAUUUACAUCAAUAUGUCUAUAUUACUUACGUUUAGAUGAAAACGUGGACAUUUUCAAAAUGAGUGCUAAGAAAGCUCGCGAGCUUCUGAAACCCAAGAAACGCGACCUUCGAGUUCAAAGUACGAUGACGUUAGAAGAGAAACAUCAACUCAUUGCCAACUUGUAG